GGCGGAGCAACACCCCUGACAUAUGCGCUAUCAGUAGGGUCAAAGUUCGCUCCUUCGUGGACUCCAAGAUGUACCGGAUGUGGAGAACCUGCUGCUACGGACCGAGCUACUACUGGAGGGAAAGGAAACGGCCAUGUCCAUGUGUAAGAGACAGGAUUGGUGGGGGCAAGCUAAAGUCAGGCCAUGCCGGAGGACAUCUUGUGGUGAAUAACCAGAACGAAGACAGGGAGGCUUACCAGAACUGUUGUGUCAGCUCUUCCAACUACUACUGCAACAGGUUCAACCAGCUUCGUCCGCGCUCCGUCCCGAACGCCGGUGCCAGCUGCACUAACUACAAUAUCAAUAGUGCCCUUGCACGUUCGUGGUAUGAUCCGCACAUCCAGACACUGGACGGGAUGAAUUACACGUUCAACGGCCUUGGCGAGUAUGUUCUUCUGGAUCUCGACGAUGGGGAGUAUCAGGUCCAGGCUCGGACGUCUCAGGCUGAAGGAACGAGCCACGCAACAGUGUUCACCUCCAUUGUCGCGUAUCAAAUGGGCCGUUCUCCAAUCCAAGUCAACCUGGUCGGAACCGAUGGUCUCCAACUGUACGUUAACUACACGGCCGUCGACAUGGCACUCUUUGAAGACUUGGAACAUGAAGAGGAGGUGGAGGAUAUCGCUUCUGUAUCCGCACUUUCCAACUCUUCUCUGCUGAUCUUCUUCUACAACGAGCUGUCAGUGAAGGUGACGGCUCAGAAGGCAAUGCUGCACCUGGAGUACGCUGUUCCCAAUAAGUACCAGAAGAAGACUAAGGGACUCCUGGGUUACUGGGACGGGGACUCUGAGAACGACUUCGUGGCGUUUGAUGAGAGUGUCUUACCGAGUGGUGCAUCUGAGGAGGACAUUUUCACUCAGUUUGGAGAAACCUGGCAAGUGACAGAAGACGAUGGUCCAAAGAGAACGAGAUUUUUCUACGAGCCAGGCACGAGCACCGACUCGUACAAGGACAGCAGCUACGUGCCACACUACACGGACCAGGUGAUCUUCGGCAGUGCAGAACUGGAGCAGCAGGCCAAUACCGUGUGUGAAGGCGACAGGGAGUGUCUUUUCGACAUUUUUGAGACCGGCGACGUUGAAGUUGGGGCGCUGUCAGUAGUGAUGAAGGAGGACCUUGAGAUCGAGAAGAUAGUGAGAGAGAUAUUCCCUCCAACAUUACACGGACCAGAGGUAGUCAACGCUACUGUGGGAGAACAGCUCCAGUUUACCGUGACUGCCGCCGACAGAAAUGACCUGGACAUGAUGUUCGAGUUGGGCCCGGAGGUCCCAGAUGACGCCACGUUGUCCGUAGCGGGAGACGUGGCGACGUUUUCCUGGGUCGUGACGUCAGAUGAGCCGUUUAACCUGCAGGUUGACGUGACGAAUUCGGAGAACGCGACCGCCCAGCUCUGGCCAACCGUCAACAUGUGCUCCUGUCUGAACGGUGGUUUCUGUGAGGGACAAGCUGCAGCAGAACAGAAUAUCAAUGGAAACACAAAAUUUACCACUUUGGAGUGUACUUGCCCAGCUGGGUACACCGGAGAGAGAUGCGAAAGCGACAUCGACGCAUGCGUCGAGAACUUUAACCCUUGCUUCUCUGGAGUUGUGUGCACAGACCUGCCCCCGCCAGCCGACAUCGACGGGUUCGACUGUGGGGACUGCCCGCCUGGGUUUAACGGAGAUGGCCAGAACUGCAUCGACAUCGACGAGUGCACCACCACAGAAGGAUCUGUUUGUCAUCAUGUCUGCAUCAACAGUGUCGGCAACUUCUCUUGUGGCUGCAACGAAGGCUACUAUCUAACGGAUGACGCGGUUUCCUGUGAAGAUGUCAAUGAAUGUGAUCUCCCGAACAAUUGCACCCAACGUUGUCUGAAUACCGACGGGUCUUUCGACUGUAGCUGUCAGGACGGAUUUACCCUCGCAUCAGAUGGGCAAGACUGUGAACCAAGCAACCCCUGCAGCAUGGAGAACAACCCAGGUUGUGACGAUGACUCAGGCUGGUGUGCCAUUGACUCGUCCUCUGGACUAGCAACUUGCGUGUGUAUGGCAGGAUAUCAGCUCAACGUCGAUGGGAUCACAUGUGAAGAUAUUGAUGAAUGUCUUACCGGUGACAAUCACUGUGACCAGCUGUGUAACAACACGAUUGGCGCGUACGAGUGCUACUGUGAGGACGGCUAUGAACUAACGGACAACCCAGUGCAUCCCUGCGAGGAUAUCGAUGAAUGUUUCGAGGGCCUCUUCAACUGCUCGACCAACGAGGUUUGCGAGAACUCGGUGGGGAGUUAUUCAUGCGUCUGUGAGGAAGGAACCGAACUCGUGGAUGGCGUAUGUGUGAGAGAGUUCGCAACUACAACUACACGCCCCACAACAGUGCCUACAACUACAACUACACGCCCCACAACAGUGCCUACAACUACAACUGCAACGCCAACGACUUCAGGGCCAGCGAUGCCAUUGGUCACAUCCGCUGUUACAGCGUCAGUAGAAAAAGACACAACGGAGCAUUCGACCGAGACCAUGCCACCAUCGUCAGCCAUCACUAGCAAGAUCACAGAACGAUCCACAGUAGAUGUAGAAGCUGCCACAACACCGCUAUCGAGUGGGGAGCAACGCACAACCGACGUUCACCACUACAGGUCUUCGAUUCCAACAACUGUCGAGAAAACAACUGGAAGAUCCUAUGCUAUGACUGCGUCUCAGUCCUCUUCAGAAGAAGAAGAGGAGACUACGGAACACCAAGGGGAUACAGUUCCAUUUACUACGGCAGGAGAAGGUCGGACCAAAGAUCCAAGUGUGGCUGGUGAGUUGGAGAGGAACACCCUUUUGCUGACACUGGACAUGGAUAUAAACGAGCUUACGAAGAAUAGACUAGAGAAUUUCAAGACCGUCGUUGCUGAGGAGAUGACGUCAUUCUGUCGGAGACACCUGCACGAGCUUGCUGACUGCAGAGUGUCCGGACCCGCAAGAUCAUACGUCGCCGCUAUGUUUACCGCUGAGUUAGUGUUCAUUCCUCCCGGUUACCCCCGGCAGUCGGCAACCCCCGGAUCCGGACAGAGCCUCCUGGCUUUCUUCGUGGCACGUCCGGACAGCCUGGGAACAACCCUCCGUCCUAUCUCCAUCUCCAACCUCCGGAUGAUGAUGGGCACUUCCAUGGAGGAGGUAGCGGUUGCUCUUGGAGAUGCAGGAAGCAUUGCAGAUGUAGUUCCUCUUUUGGAACACAUCUACGGCGAAGACGCCACUACCAUGAUACCUACGAGGAGACAAGGAGAGGAUGACCCAAAAGGAUCAGGGGUCCCAGUCCAAACGGUGAUCAUCGUGGCAUGCGGGACCCUGGCCGCUGUAGCUGUCGCCGCAGUCAUCGGAGCAACAUGGUACUGCAAAAGAAGCAGGGCAGGACGGCGCAACGCGCCAAUCGACAUGUACGGCGCCCCGCUCCCAGAGUGCCGCCUGGAUCCGCAGGUGUCUUCCGUACUGAAAGGGAAAGAUUCGCCCUUCCUCGUCAGGAAUAACAUCUGGGAAUAGCAAAUCUAGAACAACGCCUUUCUCAAACAUUAACUCAACCUCUUCCAUACAUAACCGGACAUGGUAACGGACUGCUUAGCUGGUGUUUGAGAGUAGGUCAGAAGUGUUAGGGAUGUGUUCAUCCAACAGGGGUCAAACUGGACUCAAAUUUGAUCUAAAUUCCAUUGGAUUCGUACAGAAUGAUCUGCUCAGACUGCUCCCUAAUUUCAGUAUUGGUUGAAAGGUUUUGAAUGUGUGACAGGGUUUUAUGAACGCCUAACUUUUAAAACUGCAGAGCUAUGUGUUUUUAUAUUGAUGUUUGUUUUCAUGGGAGUUCAUCUGUGUUGGUAGUACAGUGCUGAACUUUAUUCCAACACAAAGGGUACACAGGGAUCAAAUUUUCGACGACCACUGUCGCCUUAAUAAGGGUAAAAAAUGGCAUCCACAUUGAAUCACCGGACUAUACAAAUUCCCUGGACAAAGUCAGAGUACUGGACACUGAGCUACUACUGACUACUUUGUAAGAGGCACGGAAGUGCCUCUCGCUUGUUUACGUUCAGAAGUGAUUGGUCACUUAUUAUCCUGAUGAUGAAAGCGACAGUAGUCGUUUAAAUGUGACCAUUGUGUAUCCUUGUUUUGGAAUAGAGUUCAGCAUUACACUACAUGAUAUUUGUUUUGUUAUCACUUGUCUUUAUUGUAUAAUAACAACCAAUGCUGGUUAGAAUGAUUGGUUUGUUCUCUGAUGUAUUUAGUAAAGAUUCUUAAACAUACUGUGUUAAUUAAAACUUGAAUGUGACGCCGCAUUAUAAUUAUUUGCACAUUUUAUAUUCUAUAUUGUAUUCUACAUGCAUUUUACUAAAAUAUUGUAUAUUGGUCAGUCGCCAGGGUUAGCGCUUUGUAAUAGCCUUCGGCUAGUUGGGUAAUCUUGCCUGUAUGUUUUUAUACAACCUGUAUGUUUUUAUCCACCCUGGUGCAUUGCUCUAUCUAACCAAGUCCUUCGUGUAAAGGAAUGUGAAUAAUAAACUGUAUCAAACGUA